CAGACGCUAGCGGUGACUCGUGGCAAUCAUCCCUCUUUGCAUGUGGACUAGUCCCGGCUACGGGCAACGUGGGCGGGGUGCUGUCUGUGAUUCUGGCGCUGCCGUUGGGGCAAUUUCGGAGGCCCGCUCCUCACUCAUGGCAACCGAUGACAUUUAACUUCCACACACUCCAGUUCCUGUGUGAGCGCAAGGCCUCAGGAGAGAUGGUGCCUUGGACAAGGGGAUGGGUGUUCGACAGAGUCGAAGCACGAUAGAGACGGCUGUUUGCGUAGGGAUCCGGCCCCGAGAAAGGCAACGCGAGACAAACGAAUUGCAGUAACCAAGUGACCUGACCUGACUAAUCAUAAACGGCAUGGAUGAUGUGCACAUCAAGAAGCCGUAAAGCAUCUGUAAAACCGCAGCGCGGAGGCUGAGCAAGGCUGAGCGGCAAAAAACAGCGCAUUUCAUCAUGCGUGAAGAAGUGCACGGGAUAGCCUCGCAUUGGUCACCACGAAAUGAUAGAAAUAAGAAAAUGAUGCAGGGUCCAAGUCUUCAGGAGUAACAUGAGGUUGAUGGCAUGGAGUGAUGUGACACAGGCCGAACGGCAACCGCCCUAGAAAAUUCCCACCACCUCUUGUCGUCUCCUCCGCUAGUCUCCCUUCUACCUCUCCCUCGUCCCUUUCCUCUAUCGUCGCCAUGCCUCAAGAUGACACAGGCACAUCGUCUCACAUGAUGAAGACCACAAAGCGGGGGAGGCCUUUCCUCAAGGACACCCUUGACUUAUUUGCUACAUUAAUAGUGUCCCUGCAGCUGGGACCCCACAAACAGUUCUUCAAGACCUUUCCCAAUUCUUUUUCUACCGACGAGGCCGCUCAGAACCUCGCCUCCUUGAAAUUUUCGCAAUCCAAUCGGGGACCGGAUCCCAGGGAGCCUUCGCGUGUUGUAACAACAACCACUACGACCACUUUUUCGAUGACGCGUGACAUGGCAAAGGCCAUGAGCCAGCAUUUCAUGGAUGCCCGUCUGAUUGAAAACGCUACCGACCCCUCCUCCAAUCUGUUCAAGGAUCGUGGUGUCUAUGUCCUCACACCCAAAGGUCUCCAUGUGUUGGAGAGGUUCAUCAGCAAGAACGGCAUCAACGCCGACCACCUCCAGUCCGUGUUCGUCUCUCAGCCCAUCUGCAUCAAACUGCUUCACCUGGAACGUCGGUCGGUGGAUGACGAGAUCAUCGUGACGCAGUCUGUUAUCACAGCCCUUUUCCGCCGUUUCAUCGGCCGUCAACCGAAUUAUGGCGCCCAGUCGACGGCUCCCCUCGACCCCUUCCAAAAGUACAAUGAGCGCUCCAAAGGCUGCCAGCUCAUGGACGUUUCGGACCGCUCUCAGUCGCUUCAGGGGAAGAAUCCUGCCCACAAGUAUUGUUUCGCCGCAGUUACCGCUCUUGAGUGGCUUUGCGAUUUUACAUCGGUUGUGGGCAGGGAGGAGGCUGCUGAGAUGGCCGCUCAAUUCGUGCGGUUCGGGCUCAUCAUCCUGGUGAGCGACAAACGGAAGAACAAUGAUUCCGCCAUCAUCUUUACCGUUCGUGGAUCUGCACCCGGCGGAAAUUCACCUGUCAGCCAACACGGCGAGUUCCGCUGCACAGCUAAAGCCAUCUACAAGAUCACCGACGAGGGACGCCGGGUUGCGCACUGGGAUAACACUCGCAGUCACGAUUCGCCCAGCAGCUCUUCUGCUAAUUUGUCCACGACACGGUCGUCGGUGGACGACCCCGAGCACGGAAAUAAGAAGCCGAGUGAUGCCAAAAUUCACAGGAGGAUCUCUAUCGCCGAGAAGCUCAACUACGAAGCUCACAAAGCCGGCAAGGAGAGCAACACCGAUCGUCUCAAGUACAUUUUGGAGGAUCCUGCCCUGCGUUCCCUCUUCAGGGAGUUCCUCAAAAGCAACUUCUGCGAGGAGAACUUGUCGUUCUGGCUGGAGGUCGAGGACUUCAAGCGCAAAUUCAACAUCACGUCGAGUGCCAUUGCGGUCGGUGCUGGUCCCCAGAAGCCAGCUCGGAGCACACCGGGCCAGGCUGCGAUGGAGAAGCACCACGAGUCGUUGAUCAGCACGGCUUUCUACAUCUACAACAAGUACCUUGCGCCAUCGAGUCAGUGCGAGCUCAACAUCGACCACGGCCUGCGAAACGAGUUGUCCAAGUAUCUGGAGGAGGUUGUGACCAGCAUGACGGGCAAGGCAUUCCAGGGCCAGGUCGACCCUGAGCAAGCCAACGCUUUCAACGCUACCCAGCUGCAGACGAUGAUCCGGUUAUAUGAACGUAUUCAGACUCAUGUUUUCCGGCUCAUGGCUACGGAUUCGGUUCCCAAGUUCAUCAAGACACCAAAGUUCCUGGCUGUGCGGAAUUGGGUGGAGGACUUUGAAAACACCGACGACAUCCGGAUGCUUCCGUCGAACCCGUCUGCCCCUCCUGGUCUGGAAGAGACAGGUGGUGCGUACAUCACCAUCUCUCAGCAAGCAAGCGAACGAGAACACCGGCUGCUUGCGGCCAAUGGUUCGUAAUGUGGGGUUUGCGUGGGUCCUUUGCAUGGGUUUUGGCAUCUCUUUCUAUGCGCAUCUCAUUGCUUCUUCUUUCGACGCCGGGGGUUGUCGAUCCGUCCAAUAAUGCUUUUCUCCUCCUAUGCUGCAUGACUGCGUGCUCGGCAUUCAUUCUUUUAUGCCGUACAUACACAAGUUCUUGUUACUACAAACUCACCUCUGCCACACUGUAAUCUCUACGCUACACUACAUUUGGGUUGGCUCCCAGUAAUAACAUACGCUGCUAUUGUAUAUGGUCUACGAAUGAACUAUGCUUAUGGAAUCCCCCGUUUCCCAUUUGUGCACGAUUUGAUGAGUUGGCUCACACGAUCGUUGUCCUUUCUGCCGUCAUGUCGUGGCUCGGUGGUCUAACCGGACAAGAUGUGCCUACAUAUGUAACCCCCAAGGACGAGGCGAAGGUCCAGGACCCUGCUAUCAAGGACCGCAUGGUCUCCGCGAAAUCCGCCAACCAACCGUUCCUGAGGCACCAGGAAUACCGCGCACAGCAGGAAGCGCUGCACAACGCCUGGCUGGAGAAGAAGCGUGUGCACGACGAGAAGAUUGCACGCGGGGAGCCCGCCGGGCGGCUUGAGCGGGACCCUACGGAGCCGAUCGACGUGGGGGUGUGGGGCCUGAUUAAGUUCUUCCUCGGGCUCGCGGUGAGCAUUGCGCUGCUGGGCAAGUUCGUCACGGGGAGCUAUACCUGGGAGUACGAGACGCGGUGGCUCCAGUUGAAGCGGAUGGUUCCCAUGGACGGACGGUUGUUCUCUGAGCAGGCACUAUCGCAGUUCAACGGAGAGAACGGCAAGGCCACGUAUAUUGCGAUCGACGGUGAUAUCUACGACGUGAGUAAGGGGAAGGCAUACCAGCCUGGCGGAUCUUACCACUUCAUGGCUGGGAUCGACGCAGCCCGGGCUUUUGGGACGGGCUGCUUCCAAACACACCGCACCCAUGAUCUGCGUGGCCUGUCGAAUAAAGAGUGGGAGGGUGUUCAACACUGGAAGGGAUUCUUCAAGAAUCAUAAAGACUACGUGAAAGUCGGCCGUGUCUUGCACCCGCCCAUUGACCCGGCAAGCCCGGUCCCUGUGCACUGCGAUGCCAGCAAGCAGGAGCAAGCCGACAUUGAAUCCGCCCAGCGUGAUCGGUAUUUGGCUCAGCAGCACGCAGCCGAGGCCAAGAAGUGGAAAAAGGUCGAGGAGGAACGCGAAGAAUUGUAA